AUGACUCAAAGUUGUAAACCCCUCGUCCUCAACGAACUUUUGAUACAAAAUGUUAACACAUGGGGCAAUGUGCAGUACAAUAUACCAUUACGGCAUUCUAACACUGAAACAAGAACUGGCACUAAUAUUGCUCAUCGACAUAUACCUGCAAUACCUCAUAGCUUGGAUUGUAAAAUAGAUAAUCCUCUGCCAGAAAGAGUUACCGGACGUGAUAUGGUGGUUGAAAAAGAGUCGUACAAAACAACCACCGGGGAAUAUUGUGUGAAGCCCAAUCCUAAUAAAGCCAUGGAACGUUCUGACUGCGCUAUUAAUUGCCGAAGAGUUAUUUUCAUGACUGGAGUAGAAAAACGGUUGCAAAGCAAAAAUAUAGUUCAACCUACCAUGAUAUCUGAGAUGAAGGACAAUUUCAGAGGACUUACAAAAACUCCUACAGCGCCACAAGAAAUUAUCAUUAAACCACCUGAUACUGAAUAUAUCUUUGACGUGGUGGCAUCAGGUAGAAACGAAGCUCCUGUAAUACCGAAUAGUGCUGGUGGAUUUCGUAGACUGCUCGAUCCAUAUGUCUCCACAAAUAAAGCUUACCACAAACCCUUUACUGUCGAAGAUCAAUACGGAAUCGGAGCUAAAGACCAUAUUACUCUAUAUUCCGAGUUGAAUUUACCUAAGGUCAAAGGUUUUGGUCCAAGGUAUAAAGAAAUAUGGAUGCCAUUAACUGGAAAGGUGCAUAGAUCAGUAUAUGAUAGAAUACAUGUUAAAAAAGAAUAUAAAGAAGUUUCUGCUUGUCACAAUCCCGUCAAUAAUAUAAAAGGGGUUUUCGAAUCAGAAAUGAAGAAGAAAUAUAGAAACCCAUAUGCUUCAUCGUCACUAGCAUCAUGGGAUCAUGGUGAAUCGUUUGACUUGGCUCCUUUCCCGCCUAAUGUUUGGCAGACCAAUAUAGCACCGUUUAUGUACUGCAGCGACUAUUGUCAUAUUGCUCAAGGCACUCCUCCCUACACUGUGAUUGACCAGUUAAAACACAGUCAGAAACCUCACAAGAAAUGUGUUCAGAGAUUAGUCGUAUCGAAGGAUAAUUCUUUAUAA